ACGCCUGGACUACAAACCUGCACUGUCCUGAGUGGGAAAUGACUUGAGCGGCUGGCUGUUAUCUUCACAACAAUGUCCAUGAACAAUUCCAAACAGUCAUUGUCUCCUGCAGCUGGGCUUCUUUCAAAUACAACUUGCCAGACGGAAAACCGGCUUUCAGUAUUUUUUUCAAUAAUCUUCAUGACAGUGGGAAUCUUAUCAAACAGCCUUGCCAUUGUUAUACUCAUGAAGGCAUAUCAGAGAUUUAGACAGAAGUCCAAGGCAUCGUUUCUGCUUUUGGCUAGUGGCCUGGUAAUCACAGAUUUCUUUGGCCACCUCAUCAACGGAGCUUUAGCAGUGUUUGUAUAUGCUUCUGAUAAAGACUGGAUUCGCUUUGACCAAUCGAACGUCCUUUGCAGUAUUUUUGGUAUCUCCAUGGUAUUCUCAGGUCUGUGCCCUCUUUUCCUGGGCAGUGUGAUGGCCAUUGAGCGAUGUAUUGGAGUCACCAAACCACUAUUUCAUUCUACGAAAAUUACAUCCAAACAUAUGAAAGUGAUGUUGAGCAGUGUAUACUUGGUUGCUAUUUUCAUAGCUUUGCUGCCCAUCCUUGGGCAUCAAGACUAUAAAAUUCAAGCAUCAAGGACCUGGUGCUUCUACAAAACAGAACACAUCAAAGACUGGGAAGAUAGGUUUUAUCUUCUACUUUUUUCUUUUCUGGGGCUCUUAGCCCUUGGUGUUUCAUUCUUGUGCAAUGCCAUCACAGGAAUUACUCUUUUAAGAGUUAAAUUUAAGGGUCAGCAGCACAGACAAGGCAGGUCUCAUCAUUUUGAAAUGGUCAUCCAGCUCCUGGCAAUAAUGUGUGUUUCCUGCAUUUGCUGGAGUCCGUUUCUGGUGACGAUGGCCAACAUUGGAAUAAAUGGAAAUAGUUCUAUGGAGACCUGUGAAACAAUACUUUUUGCUCUCCGAAUGGCAACAUGGAAUCAAAUCUUGGAUCCCUGGGUGUAUAUUCUUCUGCGGAAGGCUGUCCUUAAGAAUCUCUACAAGCUUGCCAGACGCUGCUGUGGAGUGCAUGUCAUCAGCUUACACGUUUGGGAACUGAGCUCCAUUAAAAAUUCCUUAAAGGUUGCUGCUAUUUCUGAGUCACCAGAUACAGAGAAAAUAAAUCAACAAGCACCUAGUUUAAUUGGACAAUUAAGUUAAUGUAGGUCUAGGAAAAAAUUAACAAAAUUUUGGCAGUGUUUUAGUUGAUUGUAUAAAUAUGUAUAAAGCCUAACUGGAAAAUUCAGACCUUAGCAGGUAGUUUGGAGCACUUUUGUCAGAUUUGGCUUUUGAAAUUUGUUAAAUUAACUGUAUAAAUGCACAUUUUCACUUUGUUUUGUCGACGAGGUAAACAUGAUGAAAUAAUGCCGUGGGAGUCAAAUUGAAAACAAUUUUGGGCUUAUCUGUGUUAUUUGUGCUUUUGGAAUGAGUGACUCUGUUAAAUCCUAAAUCAUUUAUGUGGCCUAUUUGCCAAAGAACAUUUUAAAACUACCUGCAUAGUGAAAUGCCUAUUUGAGGGUCACUGCUCUGCAGCUACUCCUUAUAGACUAGGUUUAAUGCCAUGGAGUGCCCUCACUCUUUAAUCCGGUCUGUUUUACCCGUCACUUGU